UUCGCGUUUCUCACACGGACGGAGGUGGUUUGUCCCUAGCGGCGCUCCAUCUCGGUAGCAGCUGUUCGCACCAUCAUGGCGGCGGUGCUGCUGCUUCAGGAGGUCUCAAUGACAACGGCUUUGGCGAGACACCUUGCGCGGGGGGGAGGAGCGAGAGCGGCUGCCGUCGCCGUCGCCAGCUUUGGAACCAGGUCACUGAACACUUCCACAUGGCGGCUGGCACAAGACCAAGACCAAGACACGCAACUCAUCACAGUUGAUGAAAAAUUGGACAUUACACCUUUAACCGGUGUACCAGAGGAGCAUGUUAAAACCAGAAAAGUUCACAUUUUUGUUCCAGGCCGUAAUGCCAUGCAAGCAGGUGUCAACAACACCAAAAUAUGGAAGAUGGAAUUUGACACAAGGGAGCGCUGGGAAAAUCCACUGAUGGGUUGGGCAUCUACGGCGGAUCCUCUGUCCAAUAUGCUUCUACCCUUUUCUUCGAAAGAAGCCGCUAUUGCCUUUGCUGAAAAGAAUGGCUGGAGCUAUGAUGUUCAAGAGCGGAGGAUUCCAAAACCUAAAUCCAAGUCUUAUGGCGCAAACUUUUCUUGGAACAAAAGAACAAGGGUGUCCACAAAAUAGGUUGGCAUUGGCUGUCGCUGCGUCUGACUGUGAAUAAAGUCAGCUGUGCUGUAUUUAUAGUCCAUGUAUAAUACAUCUCUUAAUCUCCUAAUAAAUUUGACCUUUAAACUA